GUUCCCUCAACGUAUUUUCGACCCAAUGGCCGCGCCAGAGUAUCGAGGGUCGACUUCAUUGAUCUUUCCAGUACGGCCCGGCGUGAUAGUGAAGCGGCCGGCUGAGGUUUGGAAGGAAUCCUCGGCGUACACACGGCUGACACAGAAGAUUGCAAACAACUUCUUGGUUGAACGGAAAAUACUGGAAGCGCUAGGAGCCCAUCCUCGUAUUGUAAAAUACCAUGGAUGGCAAGACAAGCCCGAGAGCCUACGCGGCUUGCUUCUUUCCAAAGCCAGCCAUGGCAACCUCCAACGUUACCUUGAAGCGAACCACGAUAUCCCGCUCUCUAUCCGCCAGAGGUGGUGCCGACAAGCUGUCGAAUCCAUCGCAUACAUCCACCAUCACGGGGUGAUACAUUCCGAUCUGCGCCCAAAUAAUUUUCUAGUUCACGCGACUACACCGACGUCGUUAGAUCUGUGGCUUUGCGACUUUGGUGGCUCAACCUGCGAGAAACUUGGUGUAGACGGGAAACAGCUUCCUGAUCCUGGUUUCUUCGACCCAAACGCAGAAUGGGUGUCAACAACGGCGACUGACAUAUUCAGCGUCGGCUCUGUUCUCUACAGCAUCGUCUCGGGACAUUGGCCGCAUAGAGAUCUUGGGCCGUUUAAGUUAGAGGAGGAUUAUCGUAGCUACAAUGAGCGGGUCGAGGAGCAUUUCAGGAAUCGGGAAUACCCAGAUGUUGAUGGACUUUUUGGAGGCACUAUCAUCCUUGGGUGUUGGACGAACGAGUACUCGAGCGCGGACGAUGUCUUACGAGCACUGGACCAAGAGAUAAAGACACAGGAAUGUGGAUCCUAAGCUAUGGGCUUCAUAUAAAACUACCGCUACCUUUCCG